AUGGACAUAGUCACCAGUUCCGAGAGCCGGCUAGGCACCAAUUUUUUUCGGCAACUUUUACGGCGUAGAUGCAUAUAUGCGACCGUGGCGGCACUGGAAGGUAAUGAGUUCCGACGCACACUUGGGUUGAGCUCACUUGUGAGUCUUGGCGUUGGAGCAGUUGUUGGGGCCGGCGCUUUUGUGAUCACAGGCCAGGCUGCGGCGCUCUACGCUGGGCCUGCUCUUACCAUUUCCUUUUUAUUGUGCAUCCUGCCCUGCCUCUUCACAGCGCUAUGCUAUGGGGAGUUGGCAGCGAUGAUUCCUGUGGCAGGUAGUGCCUACACUCAUACGGCUGUGGCGCUUGGGGAGUUUACCUCCUGGAUAGUUGCGGUAUGCCUGACUCUGGAAUGCCUUGUCUCUGGUUCCGCCGUGUCAGUAAGUUGGUCUUCUAGUGUUCAGGCCUUCCUUCGAGAGUUUUCUAUUGUGUUUCCGCCGGGCUUUGGGGGUUCACCGAUUGGUGUCUCCGGUGACAGCUUCGUCCUCACUGGGAACUACUUUGACAUCCCGGCGAUGUUUUUAACUUCAGUCUGUUCCAUUGUGUUGUGCGUGGGGAUUUCUGAGACCGCCACCGUAAACAAUUUUUUUGUUAUUGUAAAGUUCCUUGUACUUGGCAGUUUUGUACUAUACGGAGUUCAUUUCGCACUGACUCAUUGGGGCGAAUUCAAGUUUAAUCUCACUCCUUUUGUGCCUCCCAACACUGGUGAGUUUGGCAAGUACGGCGCGAGCGGAAUUCUUCGUGGGGCGGGCAUUGUUUUUUUCGCAAAUGUGGGAUUUGACACCAUUUGCGCGAGUGCCCAAGAGUGCCGAAAUCCCCAGCGGGACCUUCCACGCGGCGUCAUCUAUACAUUAUUUAUAUCUUCUGCUCUGUAUGUUCUUGUCACCCUCACGCUGACUGGAAUGGUGAAGUACACCGCCUUGAACGUUGAAGCGCCUGUGGUCAUGGCACUUCACAUGGUUGGGGCACCAUCAUUUCUGCGAAUUCUUGUAGACAUUGGCACAAUAGCGAGUCUAAGUUCAGUGUGUUUUGCCUGUCUAUUUGCGAUGCCUCGACUUGCAAUGACAUUGGCCAAGGAUGGACUGUUGCCACCUGUGUUUUCUCGUAUACAUCCCAGAUUUCAAACCCCUGUGAAUGCCACGAUACUUUGUGGUGUGGCUGGCGCCGUCAUCGGUGGACUUUUUCCGCUGGAGGUCCUCAGCCAGAUCAUUUCAUUUGGCACGCUUGUGACUUUCAACUGCGUAUGUGUUUCCAUGUGGAAGAUUAGGGUUGAUUUCCCAGACUUUCCGAGACCCUUUGUGGCUCCAUUUUUCCCUAUUGUGCCUUUUUUUGGAGUGAUGUUUAAUUGUUUGCAAUUGUUUUUUCUACCACUGGCGGCGUGGCGCAACUACAUCCUUGUUGUGGCAGUUUCCAUCUCCUGGUACCUCUUCUACGGGGUUAAUCAUAGCGGGCUGCACGCAGCUGAUGCCUUUCCCCGGCGAGCUUGUGUUCCCCCCGAAAAUGGGGUCCCACCGCAGCCACGCGUUGAGGAGAUGCGAAUGGAGGAGGCUUGCUCGGUUGAGCUUCCCGUGGAGAUGCAGGGCCGACGAAGAGCCUCUGUUGUGCCUGUGUGA